AUGACAUCAAGCAGUACUACAAUGACACCAACAAACAGUUCGUCUGAUUUAAUUUCAUCAAAACUACAACAACAAACAUCUCAACCUAUUCAAAAAUUAGUCAGACGAUCAUCUACAUCAAAUCCAAUACAAAAACAAAAUUCUUAUACUUCAAAUCAACGUCGUUUAACUCAUGCACCAAUAAAUAAUGAUUUUCUUAAUGCACGUGCAUCACCAUCUUUAUGUUCGCCACUUCUUAUUGAUACAAUAAAUAAUUUUUUUCAAGCAACAAAAACUAUGGAAGAAGAAAUAAUGUUACCAUCAAGACUUAAAGAUAUGUCAGUUGAAGAAACUGUCUUCGAUAAUUCUGUUCAACCAGAUAGUUGGCAUGAUAUUUAUACAUUUAUUCGAGAUAUGAGAAAUCAAUUACAACGUACACAUCCAUUUGCUGAAGAUGAUGAAAAUAAUAAUAAUUCGAGAGAACAAUUUAGGAAAUAUUCAUAUGAUGAUGAAGGAAUUAUGAUUCCACAUUAUGAUGUUAGUCAAUUUUCAUCAGCAUCAUCAACAGUAUCGUCUGAUGAAUUUGAUCGAAUUUCAACAUCAUCAGCUGCUGCAUCAUAUGAAAGCAUUAAAGAUGAACUUAAAUAUCAUUAUUAUGGUCUUUUUCGAUCACUUGAUAAUUUAACAUCAAUGGCUGAUCGUGUAACGGAAAAAUAUCGAGAAGAAUCUACUUUUUAA